AAAAAUGCUGACUGGGGGGUUGUGGAAGCGAAGAACGCAACUAACGCGCGGCCGUACGAGCAAGCGUUCCCAUACCGGCGUGAUGAAAUUAAUAAACAAAGAAAAUAAUAAAUAGAAGAAAAAAGAGUGAGCGUAGAACAAAAUUAAAAAACUAAAAAGAAAGUCUUCCUUGCUGCUUUAGCAUCUCAAUCUAUUUCUCAAUUUGAAUUCUGUUUUCGCCUUAUUCGAUCUCCUCAAGCAUUCAUCGGAACUCGCAUACUCUGUAUUCCUUCGGGUACGUCUCGUUAUCUCUUAUUACGCUUCCCUCAUUUUAGGGUUCUUCAGAUUUUCCCACCUUUUCGUCUUUUCCCCUUUUUCAUUUUUAAGAUUCCCUCUCUUAUUACUUGGUUUAAAGUCUAACAACUUUUUCCUCAUAGACAAUUUUAUUUUUAACUCAAUUCUGUUCUCAUUUUCAUCUAGUUGCUCGUUCCCUUCUUCUGCCUACUCUUAGUAAAUUUUGGUAGCUUUUAGUUUGGCUACAAUGAUUAUGGAAUAUGUAGCUGGUGAACCUUAGGGUCUCUCAUUGAUUUUAGUUUUUUUAUUUUUAGAUUAUUUUCCACAGAAGUUUUAUUGUGUAUUGAUUUGCGCCAAGGACUGAAUGCUCCGAAACCCUCCUGUCUUUGAGGGUUUAUUAUUGUAACUAUUAUUUUUAUAGCACGUAAUGUGCUUGUUUGAUUGCUUCUCCCUUUAAUUUUUCCAUGCUUGCUUCUAUGCAUUUGAUUCCUAGUUUAUAGCAAAACGUGAUAUUGUAUGGUGGAAAUCAUCUUGACUUUAAAUGUAGUCUUCAUCUUUUAUUUGUUGAAAUUAACUAGAUCAACUCUUGUUUCUUCUGUCAUAAAUCUAGAAGAAUGUGGUUGAAAGCUCUGAGGCUUUAUUCUUUUUGUGUUCGUCUGUGGGCUGCAUGCAUAAACAACUAUGCAUUGAUUAUGGGUAAAUACAAUGGUUGAUUUACCUUUGUUGUUGUAUUUGAAGUUUAUAAAUUCAAAUGUUAUAAGCUUCUGCGGAUAUAUUUUGGUUUCUGGGUUAUUUUUUCAGGUAGUUUAAUUCACAAUUUCUGAUGCUGAGGAAAUAACAAGAUUUGAAGCUUUUUUUGUGGAAGAUGUUGGAAGGUGGUGCAAAAUUCCCUGGAAUAAUAGACCUCAACAAACACAAUGAUAACUAUUAUGAUUUCUCUCAAGGCUUUUAUCAUAAGCUUGAGGAGGGCACCAAUAUGUCAAUUGACAGCAUUGGGCAGACAAGUAAUGGUGGAGGAUCUGUUGCAAUGUCUAUGGACAAUAGCAGUGUUGCGUCCAUUGAUUCCCAUACUCGUAUAUUGAACCACCAAGGGUUGCGGAGACAUGCCACUGAUAACUACUCCAUUGCACACAGCGUCAAUCAUCGAGGGAGAGUCACACAUGCUUUGAGUGAUGAUGCUUUGGCUCAAGCUUUAUUGGACAGUAGUUCCCCAACUGAGGGGCUUGACAAUUUUGAUGAGUGGACAAUUGAUUUGAGAAAUCUUAGUAUGGGUGAGGCUUUUGCUCAAGGAGCUUUCGGGAAACUCUACAGAGGUACUUACAAUAGUGAAGAUGUUGCUAUCAAAAUCUUGGAGAGGCCUGAAAAUGAUCCAGCAAAGGCUCAGUUGAUGGAACAACAGUUUCAGCAGGAGGUGAUGAUGCUGGCUACACUAAACCAUCCUAACAUAGUUCGUUUUAUUGGUGCAUGUCGUAAGCCAAUGGUUUGGUGCAUUGUUACAGAAUAUGCCAAAGGGGGUUCAGUUCGACAGUUUUUGAUAAAGCGUCAAAACCGAUCAAUGCCCCUCAAAUUGGCUGUCAAACAGGCUUUGGAUGUUGCACGGGGAAUGGCAUAUGUUCAUGGCCUUGGGUUGAUCCAUAGGGACUUGAAAUCUGAUAAUCUUUUGAUUUUUGGUGACAAAUCAAUUAAAAUUGCUGAUUUUGGAGUUGCCCGGAUUGAGGUGCUAACUGAAGGAAUGACACCUGAGACUGGGACAUACCGUUGGAUGGCUCCGGAGAUGAUCCAGCAUAGGCCUUACACACAAAAGGUAGAUGUAUAUAGUUUUGGGAUUGUUCUAUGGGAGCUCAUCACUGGAAUGCUUCCAUUUCAGAACAUGGCAGCAGUACAAGCAGCGUUUGCAGUUGUGAACAAAAAUGUUCGCCCAAUCAUUCCCAAUGACUGCUUACCUGUUCUCCGUGAGAUCAUGACAAGAUGCUGGGAUAACAAUCCUGAUGUUAGGCCACCAUUUACUGAAGUUGUAGGAAUGCUUGAAAACGCAGAGAUUGAGAUCAUGACAACUGUUCGGAAGGCCCGUUUUAGGUGUUGCAUGACACAACCAAUGACCACUGACUGAUUCUGGGAAAACAAAACAAGAAAGCGAUAAGAACCAUAGACUGAUAAUUUAGAGGGAACAUGAGACUCAGGUAGUAAAGGGUGGCUAUAUAAUAGCUUUGUAUGUGUGCUUAAUUUCUUAAGGAAAAAAAAAUAUAUAUAUUAACUUGUGACCUUUCGUUUGUUCGGUUCCUAUUUACUGUCUGGAUUUCUAGGAGGAGAUUGUGUAUGUAAUACAUGCAUGCACUACAUUUAUGUAUAGCUUUGAAAGCAAAAUGGAAUGAGAUAAUGGAUGAAAUUUUUCUCUGGGAGUUCACGCUUACACAGCAAUUAGGAUUUCUCUCUUCUAAAAUAGGUGGGAAUGGAGUUUACGAAUAUAA